AUGGCUCCUCCUUCGUCCACUCAUAAUCAGUUGUUCUCACAGUCGCAAAGCACCCCGCUUCCAGAUGUCAUGCCCGAUACUGAAGUGACCUUUCAGUCGUGGCAUGAGUUCGACUCAUCAACCCAACAAUGGUCUCGCGUAGACCUGGACUCCCCAUCUGCAAGCCACACCCCCGAAGCCACGCAUCAGAGCGACUCGGAUGACUUCAACCUCGUGACGUGGAACGUCGACGCCUUCUCAGCCAUACCAGCACAACGCCUCUCAGGCAUCAUCUCGCACGUGCUAUCGCUCACCCCGACUCCAGACAUCAUCUUCCUGCAGGAAGUCCCGGCCGCGGGACUCUCCUUCCUCCUGAACGAGCCCCGCAUCCGCGAGUCCUGGUUCUCGAGCGAGGCCGACCUGACCAACUGGCGGGGCGGCCUGCCCUUUGCGACGACGACCCUGCUGUCGCGGUCGCGGUUCGGCUACGGCGGGGACGACCGGUCGCGGAGCAGGAGGGCCACGCUGGGCGCGGUCUGGCGCGUCAAGUACCCCAGCCGGUUCCGCCGGGACGCGCUGUGCUGCGACGUCUUCGUGCCCGCGUCGGCGGCUUCCGCCUCGGCGGCAACUCCACCUCCACCUUCUGAUACUGCGUCAUCCACCACCACCGCCGUCCCGGAGCCGUCCCGCGUCCGCCUCAUCAACGUCCACCUCGACUCCCUUGCCUACCAGCCCUCUCUGCGACCGGGCCAGCUCUCCGCGGCGGCGGCGUUCCUGCGUUCGGCCGGCCGCGGCAUCGUCGCGGGAGACUUCAACCCCGUGCUGCCGGAGGACGAGACCCUGGUGGCGGACGUCGGGCUCGAGGACGCGUGGCUGGUGGCGGCGGCGGCGGCUGGGAAAGAAGAAGAAGACCCGGGCUUCACCUGGGGCGUCGACGGGAAGGCGGCGUUCCCGCCGUGCCGGAUGGACAAGAUCGCCACACUGGGCGGGUUGCGGGCGCGCGAGGUGCGCGUCAUGCAUCCCGGCUCGGAUGUUGAGGUGGAUUCGCUGAACGAGGACAACCUCCCUGUCGCCGACUCUGGCUUCCCGUAA